AUGACUGCAUUCGCCAAGCUGUCACACACGCAGCCCUCUUGCAUCGACUCUGCACCCGUGCUUCGCACUGGCCCAAGUCUCACCAACGAGUCACCUAUCUCUUCGCAUGCAGCGCAGAUGAUAUCUUCGAGGCGUAUCAACAAGGUGCUGCAGCUCGCGACUGCCGAAGCAGCUCGUAGUGGCCUUAGGCGUAGACACGGAGCUGUCAUACUCAAGGGAGGAAAGGUGCUGUCUAGCGGUCACAACCUUACCAGACCGCGUUUCUCUGGAGAUGCUCCAACAAACACAUCUAACUCGGUCAGCGAGCUUGGCAAAUCGCAAAAUGCAAUGGCAUUCAGCAUGCAUGCUGAAAUGAGCGCUAUUUCGAACGCUUUGGGCGGCGCUAGGCCGCCUGCUGUCAAGCUCGGCAGCGCACCGCUGACCUUGCGUUUCCAGCGCACCUUCGCCGUGCUUGCUGACACUGUCAGCACCUCCGCACACGCUCAAAGUUUAGUUCCUCAAGAGGAUGCGGAGCUCCUCAAGCUCAAGUCUCUCGCAAGGAAGGAGCAGAUGAAGUGCCAGAAGUCCUUCGGGUCCGGCAGCUCCGCAUCGAGCGAUGCAGAAGCUUCGGAUGCUCAACAAGACAUUCGCAACACUUCGCUGAAUCCGAAGCAUAAGCCGAAGCCGAAGCUGAAGCCAAAGUCGGAAGUGGAUGGUCAAGAACCUACGAGGUCAUCCGAGGCAACACAAGCUGUCGAUGCAGUCCAAUCGCGUUCCUGCACCGCCGUGGACCCGCAGGACAGCGUCAGCUUGAGAGACCAUAUCGAGAUGCAAGAUUGUUGUGCUGGCGCCGCAGCACAUGAACCGAGCCAUUCUCCGGGUCCCACUCCGAGGCACUCAGCUAGCCCUGCCGCUCAGAUCCCAAACGCUGCCUUUGCGACUGGCUCGGCACCCAGCACAAGGCUGCGAGGAGCAGACAUCUACGUCGUGCGCUUGCAAGAGUCGCCCUUUUCGAGGGCAGAGCUGAGAAGAAAGCGACGCGUGCGCGAGCACAGAAGACGAGGCGGCGCAUGCUCAGAUGCGGCAGAAACCGUGAACACCAGGUUUGUCGGCUCUGCACACAUCAAUGAGGACCAAGCUUGCGUCGAUUCCGACUAUGCCGAUUCGAGACCCUGCUGGAGGUGCAUACAAUGGUGUCGAUGGGCGGGCAUCAAACGAGCAUUUUGGACAACGAAGGAUGGCCGAUGGGAGGGUGCAAAAAUCUCGGACCUCGUUGCCGGGUCCAGCAGCUUCCACAUUACAAGGGCGGAGAUGCAGUCCCAACUUUGGCUGUGA